AAAGCGAUUUUAAUGAUGAAACAUUAAAAUUCCACGAUAUGGUUAAGGAAUCCCAGGAUGAAUUAAUUAAAUUGAAACUAGUCAUCGAAGAAAUAAAAAAUAAACGCAACGAGGAACUUGACCGCGAAAUGAAUUCUUAUAAGACGAGACUGCGUAGGCUGAGAGACGAUAUUGUCGAGAAGGAAAACAAUCUUAAUAAUCAAUUGGAGGCCCAUGAAGCAGUGCUGGAAAAAUUAAUGCAGGUCAAUGUAGAACAAGAAGAUAUACUACGAGAAUACUGUAAAGAAGCAGAGAGGAAAUGUUUAGUGGCACGAGAUGUUUACGAUCGCGAUUUGAGCAAAUUGAAUGAGCUGAAGGAGACUCUAGAAAUGCAAUUAUCUGCAACGAGCAAUCAUUACAACAGCUUAAAAAACGAAUGCGACGAGCAAAACACUUUAUUCAUGAAAUUGAAAAAAGAACGCGAGUUUGCGAUGAUGCAAGCAUUCGCCCAACGUAUGGCCAAUUUCGAGAAGAAUCGCGCAGCUCGCAUAAUACAGCGAACCUGGCGGGCUUAUUAUGAGCGCAAAUUAUCGAGGAAGAAAAAAAGGUCACGCAAGAAGAGAUGAUCGAUUUCAGUUGUUUUAUCAGCUUUCUAAAUCUAUUUCAGUAAUCCGAUGUUUCGCUGCCCAUAUCACCUACAUCGAACGAUGAAUGACUACAUGAUAAGAGAAUUUAAGCGCCUCUCACAGUCAUCUUACAUUAAUUAACAAUUAUAAGUCACAAUCUUGCCGAAAGAGGUUUAUCAAGUGAAGUGCGCUUAUAUAUUGUACAUGCAACAAAAUUCUUUAACAGCGCAAUUGCUAUUUAGACAAACGAUAAUAAAUUUCAUCAUGUACUUUUUAUAUCAAUAGUAGUUUAUUAUUGAAGCUGAAUUAAUGUAUCGAGCUCAAUUA